AUGGCGGUAAAUAAGCUGCGUCAUUCACUUACUUAUUCUCAGGAAUACGAAAAACCUUCAAAAGUCAGUGACAACCUCAAGUUAUCGACAUUUAAACUAGAGCCAACAUUCAAUAAGUAUGAUGACUCUUGUUUUCUCAGAUUUUUAUCGCAGUUUUCUGUUCUUGACCCUUAUAUCGUGGCGUGUCAAACGUCUGCUAAGCCAGGUAACAGCGCUGGCACGCCAGUCGGUUCUUCACCCACAAACCGAUGUAAAAAUGUCUACUUCAGCCUCCAUGCAGGAACACCAAACAAGAAGAUUGGAACACUUCUUCAGGAAAUGAAGAUACAGCUUAUGCACGUUAAAAAUGAUGUCAGCAUUAUCAAAGCGAGAAACAACACUUCAUGUAAAGAAUCUACAGAAACUCUCCUUAGAGAAAUAAAAGAAACACUUCUCGAAAUGCAAAACGACAUUGCUUCUAUCAAAGAAAACAAGAUGCUCAGUGAAUCUCGACACACCUGUACUGAAGUUAAGAAGAACUGUGCUGAGCUGUACAAAUCUGGUAAAACAAGUAGCGGUGUUUAUACGAUUGACCUUGAUGGUCACGGUGCCUUUAGUGUCUUCUGUGACCAAACGGCAGCCGGUGGGGGGUGGACAGUGUUUCAGAAGAGACUGGAUGGCUCGGUUGACUUCUAUCGCGGCUGGACCGAUUACAAAAAUGGCUUUGGUAAUCUGCAUGGUGAAUUUUGGCUGGGACUGGACAAGAUACACCGUCUUACAACAACUAUAAAGAACAAGCUCCGUGUACAUCUGAUGGACACCAAAAGUAAAACUGCUUACGCCGAAUACAACAUGCUUGCUGUUGCCAGUGAGAAUAAAUACAAGCUGAGCCUUGGAACUUACUCAGGAAAUGCGGGCGAUUCUCUUUCUCGUCAUCGUGGGCAGCCCUUUGCAACCAAGGACAAGGACAGAUAUCGCUGUGCUGUGACCUACAAGGGAGCCUGGUGGUAAGAGAGCUGCCAUUCCUCUAAACUGAAUGGACUAUACCAUCACGGAGCGCACUCAUCUUAUGCCGACGGAGUCAACUGGUAUAACUGGAAAGGAUAUCACUACUCCGUCAAGAAAGCUGAAAUGAAAAUCAGACCGGUGCAAGUUUGAAAUUUUUGUUUUGUUUAUUUCCAAAAGUUGAAGAAUAACGUGUAGAGGAAAACACACGUGACAAAGAUUAAAAAGGGCAUUUUUUAGCUUG